AUGCAUAGUAAUCUUUUCCUAUUUUUAUGGUGCUCAGUAAUAGCUCUUGGUAACUUUCACUAUGGCUACUCAUUGAAUGAAAUAGAUCAGAUCUCAAACAUAACACCAUGAAUAUAUAACUUUCUUCCAGGAAGUAGGGAGUGGUACAACCUAUUAUUUACUCAAAUUAUUCCAAUGAUGGCUGCAUUGGUCUCUUAUUUUGUAUACAAAGUUUCCCCUUUAGGGAAAAGAAAGAUUAUGCUGUUUAUAGCAGCAACUGUGAUUCUUUCCAGCUGAAUAAAGAUGUUCAGAAGUUUGUCAACUUUGAUAAUAGGCCAGAUGAUUACAGGCGCCUGAACAGGAGUUUCAUCAAUAAUUUGACCACUGUUUAUAGCAGAGAUAUGCCCAUUAAAGUAUCGAGGAGGGUAUAUUGGACUUGCUCAACUUUUUAUUACUAUUGGUAUCAUGACUUCCUUGAUUACUGGACUCACCUUUCCAAACUUUUCUGAACCAGAGAAUAAAGGUUAUUGUGAUGAUUUUGACGAUCAACUUUCUUGGAGAUAUCUCUUCAUUGUCCCCGCAAUCCCAUCCGCUAUACAAAUCAUUCUGCUCCUUUUAUUCUUCAAAGAAGAGAACCCCAACUUCUACGGUCGGAGGGCUUCUUCGUCAUACCAACGUUUAGAAGAAGACUCAGAUCCAGCUGAAGAUCGUACUCAUUCCUUGAACAUGUUGUUACCCCAAGAAGUCUACAGAGAGACUUCAGGAGAUAAGUCUCUCUUUAAUAUCUCUCAAACCCAAAGAUGACUAUCUCAAUUCUUCCAACAACUAACUGGCAUCAACAUGAUCAUCUAUUACUCACAUUUUUUUUAAACUACACAAUGAUAUGAAUCAGUUAAACUUAAGACUUUUAGUAGGGCUAUGCAAUUUUGUUAUGACACCAAUAUCUCUAUAUAUUGCAGCAGUGACAAGAAGAAAGCCAUUAUUUUUGAUUGGCUUUAUGAUAUGAGCAGCAUGAAAUACCAUGCUGUUUCAGGUUUUUGAUAUUGAAGAACUAGGAGAUUCUAUAAGCUUGGGGUCACUUUACACUAUUUUUGCUAUCUCCUUCAUCAUGUUAUUUAUCAUAGCAUUUAGUCUUACCCUGGGGACUAUCACAUGGGUGUAUACUGCUGAAGUAAUGAAUGACUGGGAAAUGGGUAUCGCUAAUAUGACACACUGGAGUACAAAUUUCAUGAUAAAUUUACUACCAACACUAGCUGCACUUCUUGAUCCCUCUCAUGAAACAGACAAAAACCAGGACAGAUAUACUGGCAUUUUCUUCUUACUAUAUAGUGGAGCAUGCUUAUGAGGUUUCUUCUUUACGAUAGUUUAUGUUAAAGAAUCGAUAAUGUACCAAAAACAGAGGACUCCGAUCCAGCAAGAAUCUCUAUCAGAGGACUCAAGUUUUUAA